AUGGGGAAUUGCUGCCCCCAGGGCGCCGCAGAUGACUCUCCAACAGGCGAUAAUGAGGUGGGAAAAGCCGAAUCCAAGUCGAAACACCAUGAAAAUGCUUCAAUGGGUAACGCCAUAGCCCCAACUAAUACCACUCCACCUUCUGCCUCUCCUAAUCACUCCACAAAGCCUUUGAAACCAACACCGAUUGGGCCGGUUUUAGGGCAGCCAAUGGAGGAUGUCUGCUCGACUUACACCAUCGGAAAAGAGCUCGGGAGAGGACAAUUCGGGGUGACGCAUUUGUGUACAAACAGAAAAAGGGAGAGCAAUUUGCAUGCAAAACGGAUUAAUUUAAUCAAUGAGCACUGA